AUGCUUGGUAUACCAUACCUAAGCACUUACCUGAAGCGUGUCAUCCAAAUCCAAGCCGUCUCGGAUACGGUCGAUCGUCUCAAUUACUAUGUGACCUCAUACAUGCUGGCGUUCUUUGCGUUUGCGAUUUCGUGCAAGCAAUAUUUUGGAUCUCCGAUUCAGUGCUGGACGCCCAAGGAAUUCAGUGGCACCUGGGAUCGAUAUGCGGAGAAUUACUGCUUCAUCGCUAAUUCUUAUCACGUUCCGAUGGAGCACGAGCUGCCUACGGACCCUACUGAACGUGAUGAUCAGAUCUCUUACUACCGUUGGGUUCCGAUCGUUUUGGCCCUUCAAGCCGUGAUGUUCUAUAUGCCAAAUUACUUAUGGAACUCUAUCCUUGCCCACACCGCCAUCAAUCCUGUCGACUUCUUAACCGAAGCUGAGCGCAUCAAGAAAUUUCACGGCAAGGAACGUGAGCAAGAAAUCGAACACCUGGCCAGCAACUACUUGGAUGCGGUCUCGGUCUUCCAGCGUCCAAGAAAAUUCUCGCAGAAUACCCAAGCUCGCUCUGGACGUAACGCUGUCUAUCUUUAUCUUAUGACCAAAGCGCUCUACUUCAUCAACCUGGUCGUCCAGAUUUGGCUGGUUGAUCGAUUCCUAGGCGGGAAGUUCAUCAGCUGGGGAAUGAUCAAUAUCAACAACAUCGUCACAAACUCAAGCAUGGCCGACGGAUCGGUCUUCCCGCGCGUGAUUUACUGCGACUUCCUCGUGCGUCGUUUGGCCGACGUUCAUCGCUACACCGUUCAAUGUGUAAUUAUGAUGAACAUGAUUAACGAGAAAGUGUACUUGCUAUUGUAUAUCUGGUUCAUGAUGCUUUUCGUGCUCACUGCUGUGAAUUUCUUCUACUACUGCGCUAUGCUGCUCCUCCCAUUUAUGCGUCAUCGCUUGCUUCUAAUUGGUUCCGAUGACCCGAAGGGCCGCAGGAAGGGGCUUUCGAAAUACCGUUCUCGCUUCGUGAAUGAAUGUGCGAUGCCAGAUGGGGUUCUGCUACUUCAAUUUGUGAAGGAACACGUUGGAGGAAGAAUCGCUUAUGAGCUGACGACGAAAAUCCUUGCUCUUUACACCAGUGAUGGAAUGUCCUCCUUCAAAGCCUACUCCGACACCACCAGCGAAAACGAAAAGCACCCGCUUUCCGAGAAGAGCAGCCCGUCUCGCUUUUUCGGAAACGGUGGCGCGAACGCCCCUCCCUACGAAGAGCGCGAUACAUUGAAGCUGGAAAUGGUGCAGUUGAAUGAUGGUGUCCAUAUUCCUUUGGUGGGGUUGGGAACUUCUGGAGCUGAUGUCGGACGAUUGGAAGAGACGUUGAGGACUGCUUUCAAGUGUGGCUAUCGAUUGGUCGAUACGGCCGUUGUUUACGGUAACCAUGCUGCCAUUGGUGAAGCCUUGCAAAAAGUCUUACCCGAAAUCUCGCUAGCCCGAGAAGAAGUAACGGUCGUCACCAAGGUACAGCUCGGCAAGGAAAAUUGUGCCAAAGUCGUCGAAGACCAGGUGCGAAAGGCCCUCUUCGAUCUACGACUCGAGUACAUUGAUGUAGUAUUGAUCCACUAUCCCACCUACGCUACAUUGGAUGAUGAAGCCGAAAAUUAUUCCGGAAACAAGGAAAUCCGAUUGGAGGGCUAUAAAACACUUUUGAAAUUACGAGAUCUUGGGUUGAUUAAAAGCGUUGGCGUUUCAAACUUUGAAGCAAUUCACCUGGCAGAAUUUGAGGCCCACGGUUUGGCGAUGCCCACGAUGAACCAAGUCGAAUACCACCCCCUAUUUCUCCGGACAGACCUGAUACAGUACUGCCGGAUGAAGAACAUUUUCUUCCAGGCUUUUUCUUCCCUGGCAAACUUCCGCCCUGACCUCGCUGACAGUGAAAUCUUGAAGGAAAUUAUGGGCAGAACGGGAAGACAGAGAACUGGAAUUUUGCUGUCGUUCGCUACCUCGCAAGGAAUUGGGGUGAUUCCGAAAAGUAACACGCCUAUCCGAAUCGAGACGAAUUUUGAGGAAGCCUACAAAACCUUGUCAAUUGACGAUAUCAACGCUCUAAAACUGCUCAACAAGUAUUCUGAGGGAAGCGUGGUGAAACGGUGCCGAGGCUGGAAAUGUUGU